UGUUGUCAAACAUGUCAGCGUGGAAAUACCAACAGUUUUCCUCUGUCAAUUUAUUUAAAGAUUCAGAUCAUCUAUUCUGGACCAUUAACACAAAUAAGAUGAACUUGGUAAAGUUCUUUUUACUUGUUAUGAUAUCGGGGAUGUCGGUAGCGUAUUUGAUGUAUUUCAUGCCGGCGUUGUUCUCCAUAUUUCAAGGAAAUAAGCAAAUUACAUCAUCAGUUUUGACAACUGGUGGCCAAACGAGUACUGGGACUUCGAUAGUGAAACGGUCUAGACAACAAAACAUACCUAUCAACACAGAUCUUCAAAAGGAGGCUGUUGCUGCCAUGAAUCUAGCGUUGGAUAUGGAGGCUCAAGGGAAACAUGAGAAGGCUAUGAAGCUGUUUAAACAUGCCAUCAAUCUGGACCCAUCACAUGCCGACAUUCUCACAGCUUACGGUGAAUUCCUAGAGUUUCAUGAGAAAGAUGUUGCACAAGCUGAGCAGCUAUACAGCAAAGCCCUGUUAUUAUGUCCCACUCAUACAAAGGCUUUAACAAACCGGAAACGUGUUUUACCUGUUGUUCAGGAAAUCGAUCAAAAGAUGUAUAAUGUGAUUGACAAGAAAUUAAGUCUUUUGUACAAAGUGCCAAGUAGUCAUCCUGCGUUACGAAGGCAAAUUAAAGAAGCGUACUAUCAGCAUAUUUAUCACACAAAUGCCAUUGAGGGAAACACCCUCUCUUUAGCUCAGACAAGAUCAAUAGUUGAAACUGGUAUUGCCAUAGGAGGCAAAUCACUAAUUGAACAACAAGAGGUGCUAGGAUUGGAUGCUGCUCUAAGUUACAUCAACAGUUCCCUUGCUGGGCGCAUUGGAUCUAUAACCCUGAAUGACUUGCUACAGAUUCAUAGACGUGUACUGGGAUUUGUGGAUCCAAUAGAAGGGGGAAGGUUCCGCUUGACCCAAGUCUAUGUGGCAGACUUUGUACCCCCUCCUCCUGAGGAAGUUCCAGGCCUUAUGACAGAGUUUGUGACAUGGCUUAACUCAGAAGAAGCCACCGGGCUUCAUCCUGUUGAAUAUGCUGCUAUUGCACAUUAUAAAUUAGUUGUAAUACACCCAUUUUAUGAUGGAAAUGGUCGAACUUCUCGGCUGUUGAUGAAUUUGAUAUUAAUGCAAGCUGGAUUCCCACCGGUGACUAUAAAAGUGCAAGAUCGCGCUAAAUAUUAUGAGACCUUGGAUGAGGGGAAUCAUGGUGAUCUAAGGUCUUUUAUUAGAUUUAUUGCUGACUGUACAGACAGAACUCUAGAUGAGUUUCUAUUAGCUACUUUAGAAAAUGCUAAAACAAUUUUACCUCAGAUAUCAAGCUGGAAAAAGCCUAACAAAACUGACUCUGAAAGAGUAAUUUAUGCUGAACAUGAGCCGUAAUAGCAAUAUUAAAAUGAGAGGAAAAAUAAAAGCUCUUGCAUAAUACCGGUAUGUCUAUUUAAUUGUAGACAAAAUAUAAAUUGAUAUUAAUUUGUUUUGUUUUUUUAUAAAACAAAAGUAGUGAUUUUAUUUAUGAAACAGUUCGUUUAUAUUAGUAUUUUUGACAAAUUAUACACUAGUUUGGCAGACUUUUCAUAUGAUUUUUGUAUUGAAUAGCCUAUAGGGUACAAAUCUUUUUGCUUGAUACAUGAGGGUGUUAACCUUGUUUGGAUAUUCAACCUGUUUCAUUUUCAACACCACAAAUGUGCAUGUAUUUCUUAAGUCUUUUGUGUUGAGUAAAUGUAUUUUGGGUUACAAAUUCACCAAUGUGAGUUUAUAUGAAACAAUAAUAGCAUAAGAUAAUCCAAAAAAGUAUGUUUUAACAUUUGAGUCGUGUUCUGAGAAACUGGGUAUAAUGCAUGUGCGUAAAGUGUCAUCCCAGAUUAGCCUGUGCAGUCCGCACAGGCUUAUCAGGGACGACACUUUCCGCCUAAAUUGGUUUUUUGCUAAGAAGAGACUUCAUUUAAACGAAAAAUGUCAUAACAGUGGAUAGUGUCAUCCCUGAUUAGCCUGUGCAAACUGCACAGGCUAAUCUGGGAUGACACUUUAGGUCAAAUGCAGUAUGCCCAGUUUUCUCAGAACACGACUCAUUUGAUAAGAGGAUAUUUGUUAGUGUCUGUAAAUUAUCUUUAAUCCACAAGUUAUCAGUGAAAUGAAAACAUUUUUAAAUCCCUUUUUAUUUAAUGCUUGUAUGUGUUGCAAAUCAAAAUAUUUUUCUUUUAACCAUAGAAAAGCAUAAAAUUUGUCAUUUUUUAAAGAAACCUGCUAAAUUUGUCCAAUGCUAAAUUAUGUUUCGCUUACUUUAUCUACAUGUUGAGUUAUCUUAUCUUAGACCUGACAAAGCUUACAUGUAUGUUCAUGAGUUAUUAUUUUGUGCACUAUAUAGCUUUUUGCAAUAUAUUUAUCCUGUUUCAAACAGUAAAAAUGAACUGAAAAUUAUCAAUAAUUUCACUGUUAUACUGUGAAAUGGCUUUGUUUUCAUGAUACUAUGAAGUCAUUUUAUCACCAAAAUACAAAGCUCAUCAUUUGUAAACAUACAAUAAAAAUAAAAUUUGUUUUAUUUGGUGGAAAAUCAAUUUUAAUUCUGUUGUGAUCAUAGAAAUAUAGAUCAUAGAAAAAAUAUUUUUCUAUGAUAACUCAUGAAUUAAACAAUAUUCCAACAAAUCCAACAAAUAUCCUCUAUAUCUUCAUUUAUUUGUUUGAAGGUAUUUAAUAAUGUUGGUGCCUAUUUAUUUUUCAUUUGUUCCUUGUUUGAGUCGCAACAUGAGACAUGAGAAAAUAGGUUUUAUUCCUGUUUGAUCAGGGGCUAUGCUGUCUGCUAUAGUCACACAAAAUGUUGUGAUCUCAUACACAGACAGGGUUGCACCUCACCAGACUGCUCACAUGUGAAGGCUGGGCUGGAGCAACUCAGGGGGCAUAUGGCACAGGAUCCAUGUUCAUAUAACAUGGGGCGUAUUUAUUUUGAUGUUACAAGUGCUAAAUUUACUGCAUUCAUUUUGUCAUGCAAAAAUUGAUUAUUGUUCAGAAUGUAUUCUUUUACUGCUGUGCUUUAUCUGUCUCAUAUGUGAUCAAGCAGUAAUCUGUUAUGUUACCUUGCAUUGUGUGUGUGUAUCUUUAUAUUUUGCUUCCUUUAUGCUUUUGCACUGUAAAGAAUAGGUAUCCUAAAGAAUAGGUAUCCAAAAAAAAUCACAAUAUUUGAACAAAGUCAGUCAAUCCCAGAGCAAAACAUGUAUAAAUAUAUUACCAUAAUUACAAUGUACUCAAGUUUUCGGAUACUAAGUUUUCGGACACCCCCUUUUUUAGUCAAAAUAAUUAUUUUUCAUGACUAUAUUUUCGGACAUACCGGUUUUUCGUCCAUUAUACUUAACGACUCCAAUUAUUCUGACAGUAUAUUUUACAACAGCCCUGUUUUUGCUUAUCUUGGACCCUUGGAUCAUGGAGUUUUACAACUGGAAUAAGGUCAGAAAACCUGCAAUAUAAAUGCCCGCAAGGACAAUGGACUAUUUCAAUUGCAUUAUUGGGUAGACUACCAUGAAUACCGGUAAAAAACAAUGGUUUCACCCAACAGCAUUUCAAAUGAAAUGAAAUAUCGUAUUCAGGAAGCAGUAUGGUUGUUAUUAUGUCCCCCACUAUAGUAGUGGGGGACAUAUUGUUUUUGCCCUGUCUGUUGGUUGGUCUGUUGGUUGGUUGGUUGGUUGGUCUGUUGGUUGGUCUGUUGGUUGGUUUGCGCCAACUUUAACAUUUUGCAAUAACUUUUGCUAUAUUGAAGAUAGCAACUUCAUAUUUGGCAUGCAUGUGUAUCUCAUGAAGCUGCACAUUUUGAGUGGUGAAAGGUCAAGGUCAUCCUUCAAGGUCAGAGGUAAAUAUAUGUGGCCCAAAUCGCUUAUUUUAUGAAUACUUUUGCAAUAUUGAAGAUAGCAACUUGAUAUUUGGCAUGCAUGUGUAUCUCAUGGAGCUGCACAUUUUGAGUGGUGAAAUGUCAAGGUCAUGCUUCAAGGUCAGUGGUCAAAUAUAUGUGGCCCAAAUCGCUUCUUUUAUGAAUACUUUUGCAAUAUUGAAGAUAGCAACUUGAUAUUUGGCAUGCAUGUGUAUCUCAUGGAGCUGCACAUUUUGAGUGGUGACAGGUCAAGGUCAUCCUUCAAGGUCAAAUAUAUGGGUCAAAUUGCUCAUGUAAUGUCGAUUCUGCAAUAUUGAAGCUAGCAAUUUUAUAUUUGAAAUGCGUGUGUAUCUCAAGGAGCUGCACAUUUUGAGUGGUGAAGGGUCAAGGACAAGGUCAUCCUUCAGUGUCAAACGUCAUCUGGGGGGACAUUGUGUUUCACAAACAUCUUGUUUUUUAAAACGUUUUUAUAUACCAUUUCAGAUAAGAGAUUGCAAAUAAGUGAAGUUGUAUUUUUAUAAAGUAGAGAUUGAAGAGUAAAACAAUAUAAAAUUAUUGCACAUGUAUUAAUUGGUUUUAUUUCAAUAUAAUUAUUGACAAACAACCAUAACUUAUAAUUAUGUCUCUAAAUUUUCGGACACUUGUUGUUUUUUAAUCUUUGUAUCUAAAUUUUCUGACGCGAAUUUUAUUUUUAUUUUUAAGUGUCCGAAAACUUAAGAGUAAUUACUGUAAGUGUCAUUAUUUUGAAUAAAUGUUGUAUAGGAUGGAACAUAGUGAGAUUCUGUUGCAAAUGACCCGUUAAAGUCAUUUGUUUUAUUGAAAUGUGCAUCCUUACCAAGACAGUGUUUGUACAAAUGGUCAUUAAAUGACAGAAAUAUUCAUGCAAGGAUCGGAUGUCUAUCAGCUGUAACAUAGUGAAAACUGAAACGAUGCAACCUACUGGGGUGUAUUUUAAAGAGAUAUGGGGCUAGUCCCGCACAUAUUGUUAAUUAUGAAACAAAGAUCUGCUGUUAUUUUCAGAACAUGUUGUUGUUACUUGUAGUUGAUAUUGUUAUUGUUAGUUUGUUGAUUACCAAAGUGCAGUCAUCAUGUCAUUUGCAUGUUUCUUGGUAUUUGUUUUCUCGGAACAUGUUCAUCUGUGAUAAAUAAAUGGCCAUGUUUUCCAUGGUCAAUAAACAUUA